AUGAAAAGUUGGUGCAGCGCUCUGGCGCUCUUCUCAUCGGUGCUGGUGGCGCUAGAUGCCCAGUUAAUAUGUUGGCAAGCCCUGCUACGAUGCCAUGAGGAGGCAGACUGUGAGCUUGCAUACAGCCAGUAUCAAGCCGCCUGUGAAGGAAACAUCAGAGGCACCAGGAGGCAAUGCCCCAGCCACUGUAUAAACGCGUUGAUAAGACUGAAUCACACCCGCAAUGGGCCUUACCUCGAGAGGUGUGACUGUGGCCAGGACAUGGAGUGUAGGGAUGCAAAGCAGGCGAUUGAGCCAUGCCUCCCCCGAAGAUAUCCUGGAGACGCGGGGGGGAUAGGAUGCACAGAGGCCCGUCAACGCUGCGAGGAGGAUACCGGCUGCCACUCCUCCCUGACAGCCUACUUGUCUUACUGUGGGCAACUCUUCAACGGCAGGAAAUGCUCGUCCAGGUGCAAGGCCACAAUACAACAGAUGCUAUUCAUCCCAAAUGGCAUGCUACUAAACCGGUGUGUGUGCGACGGGGUGGAAAGGCCGUUCUGUGAGGUAGUCAAGGAGAACAUGAGCAAACUGUGCCAGAUUGGAGACCACAGUGUUAUUUCAGACCAGGCAGAUAUGGACGAUAUGUAUGAGGAUGAAGACUACGAUUCGAAAACAGAGGAGAUAUAUCCUCCUGACUCAAAUUCUAGUUCACCGCAGCUGUCGAGCUAUAUGGCCUUAUUCUGCAUCACUCUUGCACGGAUAUUCUAUUGA